AGUAACCAAAGAUACUUGGCAGCAAAAGCAACGAUGCCCAACGGUGGCGCGAGCGUCGAUGUAACCGUCCACCCGGCAGCCCAAAGGCAGCUUACAGCAAAAACACCCACCGCUUCUCAGAUAUUGCAUUCGAAUGAACGUGUUGGCUAUUCUAACGUUAUAAAAUCCUGAGAAUGAAUAUGAAGGAGGCGGGCUAAUGGUUCUAUGAAUAUUAAUUAACGAGGGGUUUGAAUGGGCCGCGCGGCGGGAUGAAUUAUUCAUGAUGCGGGCGGGCGGGCCGGCCGGCGCCUGCCUCUCCCGCGCUCUCGGCACCAAAGAUCCGUCCUCCAUUCCGUAAUGGCGUCAGUGGCCGAGGGAGGGACGGAGUGACAGCCGAGCGACACUCCCAGGAUGCUGAUAAUCGGUGGUCCGAAAUUUAAAAGAAAGAUACAUGGCCCGGACUGGAUUUUAUUUUAUUUUUAAACCCAAGAAGUUGUUAUUUAUUUUCUCCUCCUCCCAGGUUGUGUGUGCCCGUGUGUGAAACACGGCAACUGACCGGGAACAUGGAUCCCGCGCUCCGGAGGCAGAGUUCGGGCAUUGCGAGGUGCAAAAGUAGUAAAGUGAAAGGCGGCGGCGGCAGUGGCAUGAGCGCCGAUGAAGUGCAGCGGCUGGAUUCCAGCAGGGAAGGAGGAGGAGGACGUGCCUCUUCUUCGCGUUCUUCCAUGGUCUUGUUUCCCAGUAGGAAGCUCGGCGGUGCUAUCAGUUGGAGCAAUCACUCUAACUCGCUGCUUUUGAGGAGGAGACGAAGGAACCUUUCCACGGCGACACCUUGCUGUCACACUCGCAGUUUGGACCGCAAGAACAUGCCGGGACUGAGGCAGAGGGCGUUGAGUGCGACGGAGAAGGAGUGGGUUCGCGGUGACGUACAGAGAGGCUGCCUGCACAUCUUCGACAGGUAUUUGUCCUCUUACCUGCGAGCUGUCACCUGCACAUUGGACACCACUGCGGCCGAGAUCGCUGCUAAGUUGCUCUAUGCUGGCCAGCAGACAGGAGGAUGCAAGGUUAAGGCGAUCUCCACCGACCACGCAGGAAUUGCCAAGUUGUGUUCCAUGGACAGCACGGCUGGUGAGAGGAUAGGGGCACCGAAAAAAAAUACACCUGCCUUAUUGGCCAGACCCAGGCAAACGCAGUCUUUGAGCGCUAGAUCAGAGAUUGCCUCCAAUAAGCAUGGACAGAUGUGCAUUUCUACUCAUGGAAAAGGAGGGUUGUCAUUGGGCACUGGUACCAAUACUGGGAAAUGCUUAAAUAGUUAUACCAUCAGGUGCAGAAACAAUAAUGCUACUUUUGCUAGGGUUGGGAUGUCAUUGGAUAACAUUGCCACAAAGAAAGAAAGCAAUACUGUGAACUACAGACAGAUGUGUUCAGUACCUGUCGCUGCCAGAGAAGAGCCAAAAUCAGAUUCUGAAAUUAACAGGCUCAAUUUCUCAUUGAGUGGUAAUACUAAUCGACUAAAAUCUUUAAACAAUACACUUGUCAAAUUGAUGGCUGAGGACACUGUUGCUGCUGGGCGUAGGCCUUCACUGGACAGCUUAACAGCACAUAAUGAAUAUGUGCACUGUGAUGCUACAAAUGGUACUGUGACCAAGGAAGAAUGCUUGGACAAGCCUGAGCUAAGGCAAGACACCCUUUCUGACAAACAAGGUUUGCAGGACUUUGAUGACGGCAGGCUGAAGUCCUUAACUCAUGACACUCUGAGAAUGGGGACAUAUGAUGACAUGCCUGCAUCAAUGAUGUAUGUGCAGCUUCAUGGUGAAACAACCAGGAGGCUGGAGCCACAUGAAAAGCCCCUUGAAAUUCAAAAUGAGUAUCUCUUUAAACUUGGAUUUAACAAUCCGUGCAGGGUGCAAGAAGAAGGAAUGGAUGUGGAAAUUGGCUGCUUGAUUCGAUUUUAUGCAGGAAAACCGUACACCAUUGAGCACUUGGAGCGAAUCCAGCUGAGUGGGUUGUUCAAUGUUCGAAAGGGGAAAAUGCAGCUUCACAAGUGGACCAGACGUCAGGUUAUCCUGUGCGGAACUUGUUUGAUAGUUUCAUCUGUGAAAGAAUGCCACUCUGGAAAAAUGCAUGUUCUGCCUUUGAUUGGGGGAAAGGUGGAAGAAGUGAAAAAGUACCAGCACUGUUUGGCUUUCAGUUCAUCAGGUCCACAGGGUCAAACCUACUACAUCAGUUUUGACAUUUUCCCAGAAUAUUUACGCUGGCUACGGCAGGCUUCAAAGAUUGUAUCCCAGCGAAUUAGCUCAGUUGAUUUAUCGUGUUGCAGCUUGGAAACUCUCCCAAACAAUCUCUUCUAUAGCCAGGAUCUUACUCAUUUGAACCUGAAACAGAAUUUUCUCAAGCAGAAUUCAGAACCUGGAACAAAUGGAGGACUGAGUGACCUUCAAAGGUUCAUGAAGCUGAAAAGUUUAAAUUUGUCAAAUAACCACAUGGGAGAAUUCCCUUUAGCUGUUUGUGAUAUUCCAACUCUAUCAGAGCUCAACCUUUCCUGCAAUGCUCUCCAAUUUAUUCCAACAACAGUUGGCAGCAUGGAUAACCUGCAGACAUUUCUACUGGACGGCAACCAUCUCAAUUCUCUCCCAUCAGAGCUGGGGAACCUGAAACAACUGAGUUACCUGGGCCUCUCCUUCAAUGAGUUCACAAGCAUUCCAGUAGUUCUGGAGGAUCUGACAGCUGUGGAGAGACUUUGUAUGGCAGGCAAUUAUUUGGAGAUGCUGAGCCUGAAUAGUUUGUGCAGAAUGUCUCACAUCAAACAGCUGGACUUAAGACUCAAUCGCAUUGCCAAGUUGGAGGUAUCAGAUGCAGAUUCCCUGCAACACAUCACACAUCUGGAUCUACGUGACAAUAAACUGCGUACGCUUGAUAGCAUGGUAUUUCAUAACAUUGAGGUAUUACAUUGUGAACGAAACCAACUAACUAGUCUUAAAGUCAGUGGAUAUUUUCUGAAGACUCUUUAUGCUGCUUCAAAUGAACUUGUAUAUAUUGAUGUAUAUCCAGACCCCAACAAUCUUACUUUUAUGGAUGUUUCCAGAAACAGACUGGAUAGCUUGCCUGAAUGGGUGUGUGAAGUUAAAAAGCUGGAGGUCUUGGACAUCCGUCACAAUCAAAUCUGUGAGUUGCCUCCAAGGUUGUUCUGCAAUGGUAGUUUACGCAAACUUUUAGCUGGUUACAACCAGCUCAGAAGACUUCCAGAACGACUUGAACGGACGCAAACAGAGGUUCUUGACAUCCAACACAACCAUUUAACCGAGUUGCCCUCAAAUCUUUUCUUAAAAGCUGAAUGCUUACGGUGCCUCAACGCUUCAGCAAAUAAACUGGAGAUAAUUCCUCCCUCCUGCCUAUCAGAGGAAAGCCAUAGCAUGUUACAGGAAUUGUAUUUAACAAAUAAUUAUCUCACAGAUAAAUGUGUGCCGUUGCUCACAGGACACGCUCGUCUUAAGGUUCUGCAUCUUGCAUAUAACCGACUUCAGAGCUUUCCAGCCAGUAGAAUGGCAAAGCUUGAAGAGUUGGAAGAAAUUGAUCUAAGUGGGAACAAACUGAAAACCAUUCCAACCACAAUUAUGAAUUGUAGGCGAAUGCACACCGUUGUUGCACAUUCCAACUGUAUUGAAGUCUUCCCUGAAGUGAUGCAGCUGUCAGAAAUUAAGUGUGUUGACCUGAGCUGUAAUGAGCUGAACGAGAUCACAUUGCCUGAAAAUCUGCCUCCAAAACUGCAGGAACUGGACCUGACUGGAAAUCCCAGGCUGGUCCUGGAUCACAAAACACUGGAGCUACUGAAUAACAUUCGCUGCUUCAAGAUAGAUCAGUCCUCAACAUCCUAUGCAGUUAGUGAGGCACCUAGCGCACCAGCUGUGUGGAGUCAUGGGUAUACAGAAGCCUCUGGAGUGAAAAACAGGUUGUGUGUGGCUGCCUUGUCAGUGAAUAACUUCUGUGAUGACAGAGAGGCACUGUAUGGAGUUUUUGAUGGUGAUCGAAAUGUAGAAAUACCCUAUCUGCUGCAAUGCACCAUGAGUGACAUUUUGGCAGAGGAGCUGCAAAAAUCAAAGACUGAUGAGGAGUACAUGACUAAUACUUUCCUGGUCAUGCAGAGGAAACUUGGAACUGCUGGCCAGAAGCUGGGGGGCUCUGCAGUCCUGUGCCACAUAAAACAUGAUCCUAUGGAUCCCAAUGGUUGUUUCAUACUGACUGCAGCCAAUGUUGGAAAAUGUCAAGCUGUCCUAUGCAGAGAUGGAAAACCAUUGCCCCUCUCGAAGAUUUACAAUGUUUGCUGUGAGGAAGAAUUAGAAAGAGUAAAACAGCACAAAGCUAUCGUCACUGAGGACAACAAAGUCAAUGGAGUAACUGAUUCCACAAGGAUUUUGGGAUAUGCAUUUCUCCACCCCUAUGUCGUGCCCCGGCCACAUGUUCAGUCAGUCACCCUCACACCACAAGAUGAAUUCUUCAUUCUGGGCAGUAAGGGACUCUGGGAUAGUAUCUCCUACGUGGAAGCUGUGGACUCUGUGAGAAAUGUACCGGAUGCUCAGGCUGCUGCCAAGAAGCUCUGCAGUCUGGCUCAGAGCUAUGGGUGCAAUGACAGCAUCAGUGCCGUUGUUGUUCAGCUAAAUGUUAGUGAGGACUGUUUCUGUUGUUGUGACGUGAAUGGGGUGCCACCAUCCAGCCCGGGCAUUUUCCCACCAUCAGUAAAUGUAGUUAUUAAGGACAGACCAGCAGAUAACUUGGGGAUGCCAUCAUCCAGCAGCGGUGUUGCCUCUGAGAUCAGCAGUGAAAUUUCCACCUCUGAAAUGAGCAGUGAAGUGGGCUCGACGGCCUCAGACGAGCCACCCCAGGUCACAAUGAAUGAUGGAUGCCCUGUCUUCCAUGGCGAGCAACGGUGUAUGUUGCACCCAGUAUGCCUGACCAACUCAUUUCAGCGGCAGCUCUCCAGUGCCACCUUCUCCAGCGCAUUUUCAGACAACGGACUAGACAGUGAUGAUGAAGAGCCCAUUGAGGGCGUCUUUUCAAAUGGCAGCAGAGUGGAAGUUGAAGUUGACAUUCAUUGCAUUCAAGUUAAGGAAAAAAUUGAUUUGCAUUCAACUUCAGAUGCAUGUGAUGAAGGAAUAGUUAUUAGUGCAAAUGAAGAUGAAAACUCUGAAAAAUUGAUGCACCUGAGUGCUCACAGUGAAACCAACUGGCUAGGAGAUGACAAGAGCAGGUUUGAGUAUUCCACGACAGGAACUAUUGGCAGGAAACGUGGAAAUGGUUCCGUUGCACCCUCAGAGAAGAGCCAUAAUUUGAUCGAGGUGGCAGCCCAUGCACCAUUGAAAAAGAGUGGUGGUUAUUUUGCUGCCCCUGCCCAACCAGAUCCAGAUGAUCAAUUCAUAAUUCCCCCAGAAUUGGAGGAAGAAGUGAAAGAAAUAAUGAAACAACACCAGGAGCAACAGCAGCGCCAAUAUCAGCUAGACCAGCUCCCAGAGAGCUAUGACACCCCUCUAUGACCAGAAAGAAAAGAACUAACUAGCAAAUUUGAGCAUUAUUUCCUCAAAUGUGUUCUAAUAUCAAGAGGUUUUGACUUACUUUAUAAAUCCUCUUUCCCUGCCUGUUAAACACAAUGAAGUGCAGCCAUUUUUUAAAAUCAUUUCUAGAUUGUUAUUAUUGAUUAACUAACGAAGAUACACAUUUAGUAUAUUGCCAGCAGUCAUUAUUGAGUAUUUGUUUUAAAAACAGAGAAGUAUUAAGAAUGAUCAAUUCUAGUUAAUGCUGUAAAUGUGGUACUUUUAAAAUCAUGGCUUUCUAAAAUGAAGUCAUAGAAAUUUGUAGACUUUAAAACUAACUCCUAGGAGUUGCAACUCAUUAAUGUGACAUAGUCACUGAGAUGUACUAAUCUUCUCUGAGAGAACAGUUGAUUCACAAAUUAUUUGUAAAUAGUUUAAAUGUUGUAUAGUGACACAUGGAGACAACGUUCCACAAUGUAGUGCUGUAUUUAAAAAAUAAAUAAAUAAAGAAUGCUUUUUAAAUUUC